CCUCCAAUCGGCUCAAUUCUCAAUUAGGACCCCGCAUACCAACAUUCGAUAUUUUUGCGCGACUUUCAAGUGGGUUACAAUUCUGCACUCACCCGUUUCCAAAGCGUAACUAGGUCUCGGAAGAGUACUGUCUCGAAAUGUCAGCUCCGGCGGCAUCCAGCCCGAGUAGAUCGGCGAAUCAUGCACCACCCAACCCUCCCGUUCCCGAAACCCUGGGUACCACCUCGUCAGCUCACCCGAACAACGCGACAGCCUUGUCUAACCCCUUAACUUCGCCGAUUCUCUCACCAUCAUUGCAGUCUAGCUCCUCACGCCCGCAACCGUCUAAUUCGGGCUCGGCAUCUCGUAGCGCCACUUCACCUCCUACAACUACAACCGCAACCGCAACCGCAUCCGCCGCCACCGGAUCACAACCCCGCGUGACCAUGGAUCUAAACCCGACUCUGCCCUCUCGGGCUACGCAGCUCCAUAUCGACGAAGCCCGCGCUGCGCUCGUAGCCUCUAUGUCGAACAUGCUAGACUCGGAGCUGCAAUCGCGUGCCUCGCUGCUCCACUCCAACGCCGCGGCGCUGACUAAGCAAGAGAAGGACGUAGCGAAGGGGACCGAGGCAUUGCGGAAGGAGAAUGACAAGCUUGAGAAACUAGCCCGCGAUACGGAGCGCAAGAUCAAGGAGCUCGGCAACGUGCAGAACUGGGCUGAGGUUCUGGAGAGGGACUUCCUGGUCUUAGAGGAGACCAUGCGCAUAGUGAGGGAGGGCAGCGGAAGCGGCGACGACAGCUGUAGCAAGUGUAGCGGAAGUAGCUGGACCGGGAGUUACAGCGCUGAUGAUAGUAGGGCGGGGAGUCGCCGGGGGAGCGUGACGGGCGAUGCCGAUGGUAACGUUAAGAAACCCGAAGAGCGGGGGUUAAAUGGGCACACCGCCGUAGAUGCUGCUGUCGAAAGUGGAAAACUGGAGGAUAGAAACGAUAUAAACGUCACCGUGGACAAAGCUGUUGCAGAGAGCAUUCUCGAAGCCAUGGCUACAGACUUACACGAACCACUAGGCUCUCUGUCCCUAAACCCGGUUUCGUCCGAGUCUCAAGGAAGCUCACUCAAGGGUAAGGAACCAGCCGUCAAUGACAGCGGAAUAGAAGUCGAUAACGCUCACGACGUUCUCGAAACACGUGAGCCGGUCCAACCGCCGGAUACUAAUAGCGCAGGUGCUGUGGAAGAUGUGGUUCUGAAUAACGAUCUAACUCAUCCUGCGACAACUGAUGGCAAAAGCUAAUUUGCUUAGUGCAAACGGUUAUGUCAAUAGUAUAUCAGGUACGGAGUUAUGGUUUAACGGGAUUGGGUGGCUGAUACGCUUAUACGGACGACCGACUUAUUCAAAGAGCUCAUUGUUCAUUGUCCGAUGCUCGGUAUAUUCCAAGCAAUUUACCACGAACGAGAUCUUAUAUCAUGACGAAUAA